AACGUUCUUGUGUUACGCAAGGUGCCACAGGUACUCCUGGAUGCCCAAGGUAGCAGCAGCAUCUACAUAAGGAAGCAGUGGCCUGAGUUAUGACGAGGAAAGGGUGUGGCAGAAGGCAGCUGUUGCUGUGAUGCUGCUGUGGAGGACACGGCACGGCUGUUCUUGCGCAACGUGCAUUGGAAGGCCUGCGUGCUCAAAUUGCAAGAGGAAGCCAAGAAGAAGGAGUGUUGUAGAAGGAGGAUGCUGGAUGAGGGUGAGGAGCAAGGAAAACCACAAGGAACAGCAAAUCAAGACCCAGCUUCAGUCCAGGCUAUAGAAGAUCUUGUGGAGGAGCAGGAACAACUAGCCACAGACCAGGCUGAAGUGGAUGAUAUUGUGGAUGAGGAGCAGGACCAACUAGCCACAGACCAGGCUGAAGUGGAUGAUCUUGCGGAUGAGGAGCAGGACCAACUAGCCACAGACCAGGCUGAAGUGGAUGAUCUUGCGGAUGAGGAGCAGGACCAACUAGCCACAGACCAGGCUGAAGUGGAUGAUCUUGCGGAUGAGGACCAGGACCAACUAGCCACAGACCAGGCUGAAGUGGAUGAUCUUGCGGAUGAGGAGCAGGACCAACUAGCCACAGACCAGGCUGAAGUGGAUGAUCUUGCGGAUGAGGAGCAGGACCAACUAGCCACAGACCAGGCUGAAGUGGAUGAUCUUGCGGAUGAGCAACAAGAAGAGCAAGCUGAUGUGGUAGUCACUCAAGCCAGGGCAGCAGAAGGUGUCAUUGAAGACGACAAAGGACUGCAGGAGUUUUCCACCGCGGAUGACCUGGCACACCUAACAGAGUCCCCGGAACAAAAGCAAAAUAAACAGGAGUUUGAACACAGCCCUGCAAGUGAAGGUCAUUGGCAAGAUGAUAAUAUGGCUGAAUGCAUGGUGGAGGAAGAGACCUCACUUGUAGAAGAAAUGGCGGAGAAUCAGCAAGAAGUAGAAGACACACCGCAACAUAUGGAGGGUACAUUACAACAUGAUGUUGAAGAUGUACCACCGAUUGAUGAAGAAGCACCACAAUGCAUUGAUGAAGAAAUGCCACAUGAUGAUGAUGUAGAUGAACAGCAAGAUGUUGAUGUAGAUGAACAGCAAGAUGUUGAUGUAGAUGAACAGCAAGAUGUUGAUGUAGAUGAACAGCAAGAUGUUGAUGUAGAUGAACAGCAAGAUGUUGAUGUAGAUGAACAACAAGAUGUUGAUGUAGAUGAACACCAAGAUGUUGAUGUAGAUGAACAGCAAGAUGUUGAUGUAAAGGAACAGCAAGAUGUUGAUGUAGAGGAACAGCAAGAUGUUGAUGUAAAGGAACAGCAAGAUGUUGAUGUAGAGGAACAGCAAGAUGUUGAUGUAAAUGAACAGCAAGAUGUUGAUGUAGAUGAACAGCAAGAUGUUGAUGCAGAGGAACAGCAAGAUGUUGAUGCAGAGGAACAGCAAGAUGUUGAUGUAGAUGAACAGCAAGAUGUUGAUGCAGAGGAACAGCAAGAUGUUGAUGCAGAGGAACAGCAAGAUGUUGAUGUAGAUGAACAGCAAGAUGUUGAUGUAGAUGAACAGCAAGAUGUUGAUGCAGAGGAACAGCAAGAUGUUGAUGCAGAGGAACAGCAAGAUGUUGAUGUAGAUGAACUACAAGAUGUUGAUGAAGAUGAAUCACAAGGUGUUGAUGUAGAUGAAUCACAAGGUGUUGAUGUAGAUGAAUCACAAGGUGUUGAUGCUUUGGAACCAGAGUGUCAUGAAGAUGGUGAAGCAAUGGAGCAUGAAGAUACAGGCUUGAAUGUUCAGGAGGAAAAUACUAAACCAAGCCAUCAGCUUGAAGAUGGUGAAUUAGAUUCCAAAGAGGUUAAUGUUAAUAUGGAUGAACAGGAAAAGAAGACUUCCUUAGAAGAGCAAGAGGAAAGUGAAGCAUUACUAGAAGAAAAUGAGGUUUCAACUGGAGCUGAAAAUGUGUUAGUUAACCAACAAGACACAUCUGUGAUUGGCUCGGGAACUGAAGGGACACCAAACACUUCAGAAAAUGACACCGCUCUUAUCCAGGAGGGUGAAUCUACAACAAUGGAUGUUUCAGAAGCAGAACCAGGUGAAGUUCUUUGUGCAGAAGAAGAGGUUGGAACCGGGGACCAUGAAGAACAACAGGAAAUCCAAAAUGGUGGAAAAUCACAUCUCGGAAAUGAGGAAGAAGCUGCAGAGCAUUCUGAAAAUGAAGAGCUGAUAGAUGUUGAAAGCUUAGAUGUGGAUGAGACAGGUAGUGUUGCACUUGAUGACCAGAGGCAGGUGGAGGGUAGUGAGCAAGCCGAGACAGAAGAGCCUCCUGAAGAGUCUAUGGAAGUCGAAGAUGGUCCAGAAACUGGGGUUAGGCCAGAGGAUGAUAUAGAAGGAGAAGUUAAUGGUAUUGAAGAUGAAGAGGAGCUAAAUGACGAUGAACUGAGUCCAGAAGGCAUUGUUAAUGGCACCGUUUCUGAUGGCAAGUCCCUUCCUCAGUGUCGUCUCAAGCGUAACUAUUGCUGUGCUCAUUGUGGAAUUAACACCCAAAAUCCUCGGGAACACCUCUAUCACCUUCGAGAUAGUCAUGGAGAACGAAUGAAAGUGUUUGAGUGUCCAAGAUGUAUAUAUGCUUCUAAGAACCAGCAGAAGUUGAUUCGUCAUGCUCGAAUGGUUCAUAAGUUGAAGAUAAAACGACUAGAAUCUAGCAGCCCAUCUAAAAGGCGUUCUAAAUCACCUCGGGCUAAAGUUUCCCCUGUGAAGUCGACCAGGGCAAGUGUUUCCCCAGGUAGAUCUACAAGAAGUAGUCCUGGUAAGUCACCCCGUAGUUCCGAGUCUACUUUUGACACUUGGGAUGGAAUGGAUGAUGACGAUGAUGAUGAUGAAGGUGAAGGUGAGAAUGAAAAUGAAAAUGAAAAUGAAGACGAUAGCCAAGUGGAUUUUAGCGAGUCACCGGUGAAGAGUGAUGAGAAAAAAUCAUAUUACUGUGAGCACUGCGAAUUCACCUGUAAAAGUCGCAAACUGCUGAACAGUCACGAAACCUCAUAUCAUCUUAAACGCAGAUUCUUUCGUUGUGUUAAAUGUAAUUAUGUUACCCACCUCAAGGGACGUUAUACCAAACACAUGAAGUAUCACCAGUUGCCUAUCCUCAAAUGUGAUUACUGUGACUUCCGAACACCAUAUCGUUGGAAUCUAGAUCGUCACCUAAAAAAUCACACUGAGGAUUGUGGAGAAUUUAAGUGCCAUCUUUGUAAUUUUACUGCUCAAAUCAAACAGAGCCUUACAGUACACAUUUCAAACCACCACUUAACAUCUGAGCAGAUUCGUGAGAGGGAGAUGAGGCGUACAAUAGGCAUUAGUGAUCCUGCUGAUUAUACCUCUGAUGAUCAAGAAUCAGAACUUUUGCGUUUAGAAAGAGAUGAGCAUCCUGACGCUUUGUUGUUACCGGGCUUUGAUCCACCCGACUCUCCCUCCGCACCUGAUGGCUCUCAGAGUCAGCUCACUAGUAAUAACAGUUUCCGAGUGUCAAACAUUGACAUGGGAAGCCAAGAUGAUUCCCAUAUGAAUGCCGAAGAUAGUAAGGAUGAAGAUGGAGAACCUAAAAGAAAGAAGCCAAAGAUUAAAAUUACCUUGAAGAAAAUGAAGGUGAAAACGCCGAAGACCAAGGAUACUUUUUUCCAAGAGCUCAAUGAGCGUCACAACUUUGAGGAAGAUUUCAUUCAUCCUGAUGAUGUUGUUCAUCGUCAUGGCAAUGUGUACAUCAAGACAUUUAAAUGCAGUUUCUGCACAUUUAAGGCAGCAUUUAAAAAUGAAGUUUCACGUCAUGAGAAGAAAAUUCACAGUAUCCCCCUCCCUAAGUACGAAGUCCAUACCAAGAGAGCAAAAAAGUCUGUAAAAGCUUCAAAACGUGCCAGUGCAGCAUCCAAUGAUGUGUUAAGUCAAAUUUUACAGUUCCCUCAGACAGACUAUAAAAAUAUAUCUGACUUAAAAAUCGCAGAUAAUCCUAAUAAAGGAAAGGGGGCACAGGAUAAAGAAUCUGAAUCCAAGAAUGAUAAGGCUUCUCAAGAGGUGAAACAUACUCAAGAAGAAGGCAGCAGAGAUGCGAGUCGAGAGGCAUCAGUUGAGCCCCCAGAUGAUCAGUUGUCAGACUCGAAAGAGUCCCCUCCAUCCAAAGAUUCUAGUAAGAAGAAGGGCCUCUCCUUUUUUGAGAAGCUACAAGAAAGAAUGCCAACAUCUAAUGUGCAAAAUUUGGUAUGCCAAUUUUGUGGGCAUGAAUCAAAAUGUCUUUCUGAAUCAGUUCGCCAUCAGAAAUUACACUUGAGUGCAAAAAAUAUAUAUGCACCCACUUCUCUCUCAACCCGUUGUCAGUUCUGUCGACACAGGUGUAAAACAACAGAUGAUCUAAUGAAUCACUUAAAAUUAUGUACAGAGGCCCGUAAAAAUCAAAUAACAGAUUCAGGAAGACGGCCAAGUGGUGGGCGGCCUGACGAAAAUGAGGAGUUGAGCACUGAUGACAAGAAGGACAUUCUAGCUGAUACUAAAGAUGAGAAUAUUAAAGAUGUUGAUGACAAAGCUGAAAAGUUGACAAAUAACAGCUCCCAAGAUAAGAAUGAUGAGAAACAUCCCAUGGAAAACAGAGUUUUUGUCUGGAAUAACUUCAAGGCACGGGAAGGUGAACAAGGUACAGCAAAAAGUAAAGACAGUAGUACGAAGGAAGGUAAAGAAAAAACAAACAAAAGAGGUUCUUCAGAGGGUUCUAAGAAAGCAUCGGGAAAAAAUUCAGGUACAAAAAGUCCAGUUCCAUAUGAUGGCCCUCUUGACUACAUUGAGAGCCCAACUCCCCAAGGUCGCCAUUAUUAUAGCAAACGAGUUUACAGAUGUCCACAGUGUAGCUUCUGGGCCACUACAGCAUCAAGGUUUCAUGUACACAUUGUUGGCCAUUUCAAUAGGAAGCCAUAUAAUUGUUCCGAGUGUGGCUACAAGUCUAACUGGAGAUGGGACAUUACCAAACAUAUAAAGCUGAAAACAUCACGUGACAGCAGUCAUCAAGAUGCUCAAGUUAUCAUCACUGAUGAAACGGGGGAAAAAAAUUAUGAAAAGUAUGAUUGCUAUCUUGCAAUAAUCCAGCUUGACGAGACUAAUGCCCAUCGCACUGAGGGUGGCAUACCAACACGCAAAGGACGACCAAAGCGCACUCCUGAAAAAGAGGAAGGGCAAGAACCAUCCACCCCAUCUGCCUCCCCAGUUCGUAAACCUCCAAUGGUAUCUAUUCCUGUAAUGCCUCGUCUUCAAGGACUGCCUCGCCUGACUAGAGCUCCAGGUCGCGGGAGUUCAUCUCGUCCCGGACCGAUGCCCUUUGGUCCCAUACUUCCAGGACCUAAGAUGAUGGUCCAAAUUGCUGGCAGUGGGGCGGCAUCAGGAACAACUCCCAACAGUAGGCCGCCUCCACCACUGAGCCUGCGGGGAAACCCCAAGUCGUCUUCCACACCACCAGCCGCUAAUGGCAGUAGCAAAGCAAGCAGUGCUGGAGACAGUGAUGCGGGGAGCCCAGUGACUGGUAGCCAGUAUCAGAUCAUCACACCUCAGGGGGCAGUUAAUACCAGCCUGGAGACCCUUCAGCUACUGGCAUCUGGCUCAACCAACUUGUCUAAGCUUAAGAAGCAGCAGAAAGGUUCUAUUGUGGAGCCAGAAGACAAAGAGAGUCAGGCCACCUUAUCCCACCAGAUGAGAUUGCUAGUGUGGCUGAACUUGCUGGCGGGAGGUGCUGACGAACAGGUGUCCGUGUCAUCAACGGGUGAUGACGGCAGGGAGAUGGCCAAGAUGGUCUUGGACCACGAGGGCAACCCGGAGUGGAAAUGCAACUCGUGUGAUUUUAGGGACAGUGAGCGUGAGACAAUCGUACAGCAUGUACGUCUUGCUCAUGCUAGAAAUGGACCCGUGUCCCUCCUACAUGCUGUCCACCGGUGCGAUGUCUGCGGUUAUGCUGCUGGUACCAAGCGUGCAGUGCAGCUUCACAUUGACACCAGCCACGGAGGCCAGGGGGGUAUUACCAGUCGAUGUGAGGGGCAGAAUCCCGACACCAAGGAUGUUGCAGGAGAGAGUGAGGGUGCCGAGUACAAUGAGAAUGCACGAACCUUCCAGUGCCGCUUGUGCCCAUUUACUUGCAAGAAACGUAAUGAGAUGAGGCCCCACUUGAUUUACCACACGGCACGCUCCGACUGCAUCUUCAAGUGCAUGUUCUGCCCAUAUUAUGUACCAACCAAGGGCGAACUGUUUGAGCACCUGAGUAUUCAUGGCAUGGAGGUGCCACCAUCAGUGUUGGAUGCUGCCAAGAAUGGUAGUGGAAGCAGCACCUCCAGCACCACUACCACCAACUCCCAUAUUAACACUUUUCGGGAUGAUGUUGGGGCCAGACAGUUUGUAUGUGGUACUUGUCCAUUUGAAACAAGGAGUCGUGCCAAGCUGAUGCACCAUCGACAGUUCCACAAACCAAAAGGACUGCCAUUCCGCUGCCCCCAUUGUUCCUACAAUGUAACUCGUCGUCAUUUGCUGUCCCAGCAUAUUCGUGUUCAUGGAAUGGAUGACAAUAUUGAUGGAGCUGGAGCAAGUGACUAUACCCAGUUGGAUGAUCGAUCCAAUUCUCCCUCCCCAUCUCUUACCAUUACUCCUGUAGGCAAUGCUACAACAGAACCAGGCGAAAACUCGCCCCUCACUGACACGUCCCUGCUCCCCAAACUUACAGAUGAAACAACAAUGCAGAUGGACGAUAUCCCCUUAGUCUGGGUGUCGAGAGAUAAUAGAUUCUUCAAGAUGUUCAAGUGUCGUCAUUGUCCACAUGUCAACCUACGUAAAACCAACAUUCAGGAACACGAGAAAAUGCAUAAAACCGAUGCCUCAAAAGUAUCGGGCAGUUUGCAUUGCCCCAAUUGCUCAUAUGUUAGUGUAAAUGCUGGCGUUAUGUCUGCUCACUUGAAGGUUCAUUGUGGGUCAAUGGGUCAGUGCCAUGCUGUAGUCGACCCAUCCUUGAGCGAUGAAGAUCAGCUAAGGCAGCUAACAUCUAGAGCAUCUACACCUUGUUCAGAAGUAGCUCAAUCCUUGCCAGCUGUUAAGGAAGGACUUAGCAGAAAAGCUGAUGAAAAGGUCUUGUAUUACUGCCAGCAGUGUCCAGCAAGAUUCUUCCUAGAAAAGGAGAUUCAGAUUCAUACACGUUUUCAUACUACAGGCCUUCAACAUACUUGUGAUCAUUGUAACUAUGGUGUACAACAGCCAGCUCAUCUUCUUGCUCACCUUAAGGUCCACACUCCGGAAUAUCAACAUCGUACUCGCACAAUGAUGAAUCAACAUAGAACGGCUGCCACACAUCCACCCGUACCGGGGCUCACACUCCCUCUCGAUAUAUCCAUGGAUGUAGCCGAGGACAGUCAGUCAGCCCAAACAACAGUAAGAACAGGAGGCCAAGAAUAUUCAGCCUCCUCUCAGCCCAAGUCCAAUGUCCCACCACAGCCUCCACCUACCAGUAAAUAUAUGUGUGAUCAGUGUCCAGCUUCAUUUAGCAAGUUGUUAACGCUUCAGUAUCACCAGUCACUUCACGGAGCCAAAAAUCCACAUCAGUGUCAUCGUUGUUCGUAUGCUGGUAAAACAAGCGAGUCUCUUCAACAACAUGUCCAACUCCACACUCAGCAUGAUGAAAACUGUCAGGCUGAGAAAGCUGCUAAAGAAGUCAAUACUGUCAAGAAAGCUGAGAGCUUAAAAACAGAAUCAGUUUCGAAGUCAAAGAAUAGUUCCAAAAGUUCAGAGAAAAAUAGCUCGUCUUAUUAUCCACCAAUUAAGCUCAAACUUAUUGGAUUGCGGCCCGGAGCAUCAGAGUGUGGUAGUGAUGGUAGUCGGCCACAAUUCAAAUAUUAUGUUGAAGAACAAGUUCCUUUAUCUGGAGUGGACCUUUUACGCCGCAAGACCCAAUUAGAAAAGGAGGGCCACGAUAAGGUCACAGUUGAUACCGUGACAAAUGUUAAGGGUAAUGCUCCAAGUAAAAGCAAAGCAUCUAAGGAUAAAGAGGAAAUAGAGGAAGAUGACCCAAAAAGAAUUGGGGAUCCCAAGCUUCAUUACCCUCUUCAUAUAGACAAAUUAACGGGUAAAUCUCGAGAAAAACGUUACAAAUGUAACAAAUGUCCCUCUGCCUUUGAAAAGACUGAACAGUAUCAUGUUCACUCAAAUCUUCAUGGUUCCAAUCAUAAGUACAAAUGCCGUAUUUGUGAUUACUCUGUGAAAUUUUAUGCCAAUUUCAUGAUGCACAUUAAUCGUCACAAGUACCAUGAACGGAUGGUGUCCCAGAAUGAUGGAUCAUCUCCCCCAGUUGAGAGUGAUCUCAAGUAUGAACCCAUCAUAUCUUCUAGUGACAAUACCUCUCAGGGUGACAAAUUCAAAAGUAGACUGGAUGACCUUGCUAACAAAGAGAAUCUGGAUGAUGCAGAUUUAACUACAACAGAACGUCAACACCUGUUGUUACAGAACAAAAAGGGAGUUACAGAUCCAUCGAAAAAGGAUGAUGAUAAGGAUCGCCGAGUCUUUUAUUGUCAGUACUGUCCAUAUGCAAAUCUGAGACGUGAUGCCGUUGACAGUCAUAGUUUGCGACACCAUGCCAAUGGAGGGUACGGUGUGUACAAGUGCACUUUCUGCGACUAUACAGCAUCUCAGCCAAAUUUCAUUCGUGAACACAUUAAAGUGCACUUCCGUCCUUUCAAGUAUGUACAUCCAGAGGGAUACAUGCGCCACGACCGGCAAGAAAUAUUAAGCGUUCCUAUUUUGCCACACGGAGGACGAGUAAAUGAUGCAUCGGGUAAUGACGAGAGCUCGACAUUAGCACGUGAAAAACACUUGGUAUUUUCCCAUGAUGCAGGUGUUUACAAACCACUAUUUGUUAAUAACACUGAAGCUGAGGAAAAUCUGGAUUCACAGUUGGUGAGUGGCAUAGAAGUGAAUUUUCGUUCUGGAGAUAUAGUUGAUGCCCCCAGUGAUUUUGUAAUAUCUUUGCGUCCUGGCAAAGGAAAAGGCCAAUUUUUGAUGGACACAAAUAAUACAUUUGAACAUUCUGAUCAGAUAGCAACCAAUUCAGCAAUGCCAGUUGCUGAAAAGAACUGUGGUAAUGAGGUUACGGUAACAAUUGAAAGCAAGUCUUUUCAGAAUGGGAUUCAAGAAUCUGUUGAAAGACAAUCUUUUCAGAAUGAUGUUACAGAAUCUAUUGAAAGCCAAUCUUUACAGGACAAUGCAACUGGUAUGCAUGUGGACAUUGAGACUAUGGAUACGGGUGAUGCACCGAAUAUGAAGGAAACCAAUUUACUUCCUUCCAACUCUUCCAACCUCAGUGACGAUACCAAAAUGGAGGUUGAUUCCUGUGAAGAUGCUGGGAAGCUCCAAAAUGGAGUCGUGAGCAUAAUAAAUGGCCAUGUUGAAGGUGAAACCCAGGAUCUAAUAGGCUCGGAGGAAAACAUGGACGAUGGGGUCGAGAACAAAAUGGAAAUCGACACCAAGGUGAUUAAAGCAGACGAAUCAUUGCAGCACGUCACAAAGGGCUGGGGGACUGACCAACCAGAAAAAUUAUUAGAGUCUCAUUGACUAUAUCAUUGUUAUUGAAGCUUUCAAUUAAUAAUUUUGUUUAUAUCUAUUCUCCAUGGUAUUUCUAUUUAAUUAUUCUAUUUAUAUCUCCAGUACUGUAUCCUGUUCCUUCCUGUUAACUAACCUUGGAAGAAAAGAGUAAGGCAGCACUAUCGUAAAUUUUGCUAUCCUGUUCCUUUAUGCCCCAGCGUAGUGUAAGAUCCCCCAACAUUUCCGUUCUGAGGAUGUCCAAGUUGGUGUCUGACGCCUGUACCAAAUACCCCUGGGCGUUUCUACUGCUAUAUACCUUCUGAACCACCCCUUACCCCUUCACUCUUCCUUUGCCCCCCCCUACUUGUACUUUGGGCAUUUCCAUUAUUGUGUGUUGUCUGACUUCUACUGUGCAUGUCCGCAUUAUCUUCUGUUGCUCUUGCCUCUGGCUUACUCCUUCCUUAUUUGUCAGUUAAUUAUGAAUUACUGCUACUAUUUUCAGAAUUUUUUAUUCAUUUCAUUCAUGAUAGUGGUGGUAUUGUAAUUGCCAUUAUUGAUCCUAUUACUAAAUUAUUGCAUUGUGCAUCAUUAUACAUUUCUCGUGCAAAUAUUUUUUUUUGUAACGGCUGUGAAUGAAAUGUCAUUAAUCAUCUAUAAUGUAAUCGAAAACAAAAAAAUACACUCGUCACAGAUUACUGCACUUUAAAUUAUUAUAGCUUAAUUUAUUCAGACACUGACACUGGCAUUAUUUAUAGCAUGUUAGUAUAGAAGAAAACACCCAAGUCAAUCCCCCCCCAACUGCCAUGUUCAGGUUUUAUCAGACCAAAGACUGAAGUGUGGAAACUUGGAGCAGCUCGGCGAAGCCACUCCAAUCUACCCUACUUUGACGGACAUUUUAAGUGACUGUGUAUGCUCAUCUAUAAUGUUUAUUAGUCCAAAAACAGUGUGAUUGUUUGUUCAUAUUUGCAACACUUGUGUAUCAAAUACCAAACUGGUCAAUCUAGUGCCUCAUCCAGUGAUUUCGUUCGUGGACCCACACCACCAUUGUCACCUAUAUAAAACUAAAUAUGUAUCUAAAUACAGUGUGUGUGUAUGUAAAAUAUAUAUAUAUGUAUAUAUAUAUAUAUGUAUAUAUAUAUGUAUAUGUGUGUGUGUGUGAAUUCGUUAUGUAAAUUAAGAAAGUUAUGUUAGGCAAGCUGCUUGUGGGCUUGUUAAUGUGUGAUGCGGUGUAAGGUGGUGACAAUGGUGAUAGUGCCGUGCACCAAGACGAGGCCCAGCUGGUGAACAGGGGUGAACAAGUCUUGUUAAUUUUGACCUCUUGUUGAAUUAUGUAUUAUUGUUUUGUUAUAUUUUGUAUAAGUUGAGUCAGACAUUUGAGAUGAUUCUUUGCUCUCCAAUUCUCUCCCCUCCUCCCUGGGGCAUAAGUAAAUGCCAGAUCCCUACAUUUGUUUUAAAUUUAAUGAAUAAUUAUUUUAACAAAUACUUAUAUAUUUUCAUUAAGUUUUGCAUCUUUAGUUAACUUUUCUAACUUAAUUUAAAUCCAUUUUAAAAAAAGAGCUUAAUGCACACACACCGAGGCAUAAAGAUGCAAUAUAAUUUGCCAUUUUUUUUUUCCAUUUACUCGAGGCAAAAUUACAGGGAGUUCGAAGAGGCUGGUGUGGAGCCGUUGUGUCGGUCCUACACGGCCGUGCUGGAAUGUUCACCGCUUAUGUGUUGGGAGUUUUGUAAUCUAUUUUCACAACAAUUUUAUGCUAAAA